GUGGGCGGCCAUGUCGCGGCGGCGGGAGCCGGGCCGGCUGUGUCAGGAGGCGGCGGCGCUGGCGGGCGCGGUGCGCGGCGCCCUGGGGCCGCGGGGCGGGCGGGCGCUGCUGGUGCGGCCCACGGGCCAGGCGGUGCUGACGCGGGACGGGCGGCGGCUGCUGGAGGCGCUCAGCCUGGAGCCGCCGACGGCCAGGAUGAUGGCGGCCUGCGCCUGCAGCCACCGCGCCGCCACGGGGGACGGCGCCAAGACGUUCGUGGUGCUGCUGGCCGGCGUGCUGAGCGGGCUGCGGGCGGCGGGCGGCGGCGGCGGCGGCGGGCUGCGGCGGGCGCUGCGCGGCUUCGAGGCGGAGGUGCUGGAGCGGGCCGUGGCGCAGGGCCUGCGGCGGCACCUCCCGCCGGCUCUCCCCGGGCGGCGGGCGGGGGAGGCGGGCGCCCUGCCGGCGCUGCUGGAGCCUUACCUGGGCGGGCGGCUGGGGCCGGGCGAGCGGCGCUGGCUGGCGCGGCUCGGCGGCGAGAUGUGCCGCCGCUGCGGCCCCCGCCCGCCGGCGCUCCGCCUCCUCGGCCGCCGCUUCGCGGAGCUGCACGCCGCCGUGGCCGGCCUGCCCGCGGCCGGCUCCAGGGUCCUGCCCGGCAUCGUCCUCCGCAGGGAUUUCGCGGCUUACUGCCCGGCGGGCGGGGACCUGCGGGCCGUGCUGGUCACCCAGCCCCUCCGGGCCGCCCUGCCGGGGCCCGGCGGCGAGUUCGUGGUGGACUCCGAGGGUCGGUGUCAGGCUGCCCUGAGCUGGAUCGCGGGGAGGACGGAAGCCUUGAUGCAACGCUUCCGGAGUAGCAACGUGAAGCUGUUGCUGUCGAGUGUGAAGCAAGACGAAGACGUUAUUUACUACGCAAAAUUAUACGGGGUGUCCGUGGUGGAGUGCUUGUCGUCGGAAGAAAUGGCCCUUAUCAGUGAAAUCACGGGCGUCUCACCUUGCGCGCCUUUUGCUGAUGACACGCACGGGAAAAUCACCGAAACCGCAGUCGCGACGUUCUGCCAGCCCUUGCUGCUCGGCUCAAAGAGAUGCGCCCACAUUGGCUUCACCAGCGUGUGUGCCUUUCAGCCCCACUGCCUAAUUCUUUGUGGGCCGGUUGACAGCGUUAACGAGCAGCACGCUGCCGCUUUGCAAGGGGCAUUUACGAUGCUGCAGCAGCUGUUUAAAAGCGUUGAUCGGAGGGUGGAAUGCAAAGCAGAAAGCGAAAGCCAGAAUGGAGCCUCAGAUGUUUGCCACUGGCGUUCUUCAGCUGCUCAGAAGCAGUUUGCAAUAGAAACUAUUUUUUGUAACAGCGACUGGGCAUCUGAGCGCCAGCUGAAAGCACGUGGCGAUGAAACAGAGACACAAACCGUAGACCUUGAUUUGCAGGGAAGUGAAAAUCCACCGUGUGUGCAAACAGACUUGCAAAUACCCUCAAACCCCAUCUCGCACAUCAAAGAAUUCAGCAUCACCACUGAUGGAGAUGGCUCUUCAGGAGGCACGGAGAAACCCCCUGCAAAAUGCGAGCAUCCGGGUGACGUGCAGGAGAACUAUGUGGGUGAUUCACCUGUGGACAGUCAAAAGAGCUACAGCACUGCUGUGUUAGCAGCACAUAAUGCUGAUAGAGGCAUUGCCUGUGAACGUGGAGAUGUUGGCAAAGAUCUGGAGAAAACAAGUUGCAGUGUGGUUCCAUGUAAACAUGAAAACACGAGUUGUGCAAGUGUUGCACAGAAUUGCUCCAGCUCCCUCAUAGAAGCAGGAUCAGUUUUGCCAGUAGGUGGUUACUUUGAAAUUCUGUUACAUUAUUAUAUUCAGUACUAUGCAAAACAGUUGCAGGAGACAGAGGUAACUGUGGUAGCUAAUGUAGUUGCUGAUGCUUUGCUAAGUAUUCCCAAGUGCUUGUACAGCACAACAGAACGAAACGGCUUUACCAAAUUCUAUCUCAAAACCAUAAAUGCACUUAGAAAAAAUCAGCCACUGCCUGUGAACGAGAAAGGCUUAGAAUCAGUGUAUUGCAAAUACCAGUUAGUCAUUUCAGUUCUUCAUUGUGUCGCAGAGCUUCUCUCCAUAGAUUUAAUAAUUGGUAUUAAAAGGCCACUGCAAAAAAUUGAGGAUUAUGACUCAGAAGAUGACUUCUGAAAUCAUUAAUAAAGAAUGUUUUUGAUUA